AUGCAACCCCCUCCGGCUGGCGCCGCCGAACACGAGCCCGAACCCCGCGCCCGGCCGCAAAACACCGCCGCGGCCCGCGCCACGCUCAGCCCCGCCUACGCCGCCGACUUCGACCGGCACGUGGCCGCGGUCUUCAGCCACCAGUACACGGCGGGCCGGACGGCCGGAAAGUGCCCCUCCAUGCGCUUGCAUCCCAGCAAAAACACGCCGCGCGCCGCCUACUACCUCCCGCGGCCCCGGCGGCCCGGAUGUGCCCAGACCCGUCCGCUGGUGGAGCAUCUGUAUGCACAUCUCCGGGCCUGCAACGACGGGCCCCCGGCCUCGGCAUAUGCGCCGCCAAUGCGGGCGGAAAUCGACCGGGCCGAGCGCGUGCCGGGCACGCUCUGGUCCGCCCAGGAGAAAGACGUGUUUUUCCUGUGCUUGGCGCGCUAUUCGGUCCACCGGCUCGAGCUCUUCUCCGCUCAUCUCCCGCACAAGACGCGCGUGGAGAUCGAGGCCUACUACCUCCUCUUGAAGGCCGCCCGCGACCGGCUCGUGCGGUUCCGCACGUACGACACGGCCGUACGCACAUCCAGCGCGGCGGCUGGCGCCCGCAAGCUUCGCUGCGCGUACACGAUGCGCGUGUGCGAGCCGGGCUUGUCCUACUGGCGCAUCCCGGCGGCCGUGGAGGUCGACGCGGCGUGGAUGGACUUUGAAGACGAGCAGAGCGCUCUUCUCGCCCGCCGCGAGCUGGCCAGGCUGGCCGCCGCGCUGGCCCGCCAGGCCCACGCCAUGGAGACGUACACUGCGCGUGGCGGCGACACGGGCACGAACGUGGUGGACGCGUGCGCGGCCGCGGACUUGGGUGCCUUGUACCAGGCCAACGGCAUCACGCCUGCGGUGCGCAGCCGGGGCGGCGGCCGGCUAGCUCUCCUGGCGACGGUGUUCCUCGACGAGCUCGUGAAAAUGCGGACCCGUGAUAUGCUCUUGGCUGUUGUUGCCGCCAGGGCCACGGCCACCACGGCGCCGGCGGCUUUCGCGGACGCGCUGCCCGAGAAAACCGUGUGCACGGACGACAUCUGGAGGGCAGCCGAGCACCUCCGGCUUUUCGAGACGCGCGCGGCGGGCCACAGCUCCAAGUUCCGCGACGGGAAGACGCCCGUCAUAGCCACGUAUUGGGACUGCGUGGUCCGCUCGCUCAAGCUCCCGGUGGACGAGCCGCCGGAAGCUCUGGUGCCGACGGCUGCGCACCCGGCGCUCCCCGUGCAAGACUACCGGGCCCAGGAUUUCUUUCUUCGGCAGCUUGCGCCGCCCGGCGACGCCCUCGAAAUCCCCGAGGGGCUAGCAGAGCUGACGGCGGCGGGGGUCUCGGAGGAGGGAGACAUCUCCAAUGGCUCGGAGUCCCCCGGCAUGGGGCCCGAGUGCUGGCAAUUGCCGGCCCCGUGGGACCACCCGGACAUGCAGCAUGGAAGAGGGCAGGCGGGAGGUAUCCACCCACGUUUCAGUGGCGCUGCCCUCUUCGGCAUGGGUCCCGGCGGCGCUUCUCUCCAGGAUUCCACGGGGACGCGCGGCAUGCCGCUGGGCGCCAUGCACACGUUUCCAAUUGGGCCUGCUGGCGGCGCCAUAAAAACGUUUCCAAUUGGGCCUGCUGGCGGCGGCCUGCUGGUUCCUGGAGCCACUUCUACCGACAACGGCAUUGUUAUCCAGGGAGCCCCCCCUGCCAACAGCAGCAUCCUGCUUGAUUCCAGCGCAAGGAUGGCGCCGCAUGCAAUGGUUCCAUUCGUUGCCCCGAACGCGAGCGAUGGUUCGAUGCAUCCAGGGGGCAGGCCCGCUGAGCACCACCGCCCCGAACAGAUCCUGUUUGCCAGUCUUGAACGGAGCGAGACUUUCUCCCGGAAACGUGACCUCGAAGACAUACUCGUCGAAGACUAUUUGGAGCAAGACGUGGCCAUGUACACGGACAGCAUCGACCAGCGAAAGGCUUGGCGCUACCUCAAAUCACUUAAGGAAACCAUGGGCAUUGACGCUGCCAGCAGCCCGCCACCGAAGCUACGCAAGAGAAACGUCAUGUUCCGUAGCGCCGCCCACAAGGCCUGGGCAAAGCACUACGCCAGCUACUAA